AUGGCUCUAGUGGAUGGGUGCUGGCGGCAAACAAUUGGCGAGGGGUUGUUGACAACGAUGAUUGUGAUUGAUUCACUGCACUGGAAACAACGCGAUAAACCAAGAAGCACAAGAAAUGGCAGAUCCACGUUUGGUAAAGAGAUAUGCAACCUAGACCCAGGAGCAGGAAUGAGAAAGAAUGGCAGCCAGGUCCAGGUAAAUAAAAUGAUCCACCCCCAGCCAUCUUUGUUUCGUUCGCGCAAGAAAGAUGUGGCUGGAGUGAGGACACCAAUCGCCAGCAGGCAUGGCAACACGAGAAUUAUGUACAGAUUACAUACAAUGGCAUUCAGCUUUUCUGCAACGAACAAAGAUGGUUGGGGUAGGGUUGAUGGGUGA